AUGGUUGGACCUGAGAUAGUUCAACAGACUAUUGAUAAGAUUGAAAUGAUCAGAGAGAAGAUAAAGGUUUCUCAGAGUCGUCAGAAGAGUUACCAUGACAAGAGAAGGAAAGCACUUGAGUUUGAGGUAGAUAAUCAUGUAUUUUUAAGAGAUACUCCGGUAACGGGUGUUGGUAGAGCAUUAAAGUCGCGUAAGUUGACGUCGUGUUUUAUUGGUCUGUAUCAGAUUUCUGAGAAAGUAGGUGAUGUGGCUUAUCGGAUUACAUUGCCUCCGUCACUUGUUAAUCUCCAUGAUGUGUUUCACGUGUCUCAAUUGAGGAGAUACAUUGUGGAUCCUUCGCAUGUUGUCCAAUUAGAUGAUGUUGAGGUUAGAGAUAAUUUGACUGUGGAGACAUUACCUAUGCGGAUAGAAGAUAGAGAGGUGAAACAACUUCGUGGUAAAGAGAUCACUUUGGUGAAAGUCGUUUGGGGAGGACCGGCUGGUGGAAAUGUGACGUGGGAGCUUGAGAGCCAGAUGAGGGAUUCAUAUCCCGAGUUGUUUCCUUGA